UGCCCCAAACGGGGCGCAAGCCGUGGUGACCUCUCUAGGAGGCUCCGGAAAACCGGCCACGCGGCCCAUCUCGGGUGCAGAAAGUCGGCUUCCCCCGGCUCUCCGUAAAGAUUCCCGGCUAUCCACACGGUCCGGGCAUCUGAGGGCAGGAGCCGCAAUAGGCGUGCCGAUAGGCCAGUGAAGAGCACUCUUGCCUUACUGCCUAUCCAUCCCACUCGGACCCAGGCUCGGCACUGCACACUCUCCCGGGGGGGCCCGGCGCAGUCACGCGCGCCCCACACUUGAGCUCACUAGCGCGCAAGGCUCUCGCUCUCCGCCCCGCACACCUGCGCUCCGCCCCCUAGUCCCGGGCCGGCGACGGGCGAAGGCAUUUGGGGACCCAGGGCGGCUGCAGCGGCGCCCCCAUCUCUUCCCUUUCUCUGGGCCGGAGUUGUCCGGAGCCUGCCGCCGUUCCCAACCAGCCUGCAUCUCUCUCCAUCCUUCCCUCCCCCCGCCUGCCGCGGCACCGGCAUCUGCAGCCGCAGUCCGGAGCCGGUGAGGCGGCGAAGGGGGGAGGGGAAGGAAGCAAGCAAGGGAUGAGCGCCUGGAGGGCGUCGGGGGCCCUGAGCCGGACUAGGACGCCGCUGGAGCUGGAACACGAGCAGGAGCCAGAACCAAACCACCGCUGCAGCCCCCUAAGCCCAGGAGGCGCCCUGGCCCGCGCUCGCCCCCCAGGGCCUCAUGUCGGAACCACAGCCUGACCUGGAGCCACCCCAACAUGGGCUGUACAUGCUCUUCCUGCUUGUGCUGGUCUUCUUCCUCAUGGGUCUCGUAGGCUUCAUGAUCUGCCACGUGCUCAAGAAAAAGGGCUACCGCUGCCGCACAUCGAGGGGUUCGGAGCCUGACGACACCCACCUCCAGCCCCCUGAGGACGAUGACAUGAAUGAGGAUACAGUAGAGAGGAUUGUUCGCUGCAUCAUCCAAAAUGAAGCCAAUGCUGAGGCCUUGAAGGAGAUGCUGGGGGACAGUGAAGGAGAAGGGACAGUGCAGCUGUCCAGCGUGGACGCCACCUCCAGCCUACAGGAUGGAGCCCCCUCCCAUCAUCACACCGUGCAUCUGGGCUCUUCAGCCCCUUGCAUCCACUGCAGCCGCAACAAGAGGCCCCCGCUUGUCCGCCAGGGACGCUCCAAGGAAGGAAAGAGCCGCCCCCGGCCUGGGGAGACCACCGUGUUCUCUGUGGGCAGGUUCCGGGUGACACACAUUGAGAAGCGCUAUGGGCUGCAUGAGCAUCGUGAUGGCUCCCCCACGGACAGGAGCUGGGGUUCUAGUGGGGGGCAGGACCCCGGGGGUAGUCAGGGGUCUGGGGGUGGACAGUCCAGGACAGGGAUGCCAGCCAUGGAGAGCCUGUCCCCUGAAAGGCCACAGCCCCAGGCCCUCGCCAGCCCACGAGUGCAGAAUGGAGGACUCAGGGACAACAGCCUAGUCCCUUGUGCACUUGUGGGGAACCCUGAAGCCUCUGCAGGGCCGACACUGGGGGCUGGAGGGAGGGGUCCAAGCCCAGGGAUGAACAGCCAAGAAGCAAAUGGACAGCCAAGCGAACUGGACACCUCAGACCACCAGGUAUGAAGACACGGUCAAGGCUGUGGUAGGCUCAGCUCUUAUUGUUCCCUACUCUGGGGAUGCGGGUGCACUGAUAUGCCUCCUAUCCUGUUCUCCCAUUGUUGACCCCUCCCCUCUCCUAGGUGUCUCCAGCACGGGGAGCCAGGGGUGUGUGAGGUGAGUCUGUCUGGGCUCCAAGUCAGAUAAUCUCAUCUUCCCACCCCCUACUUAUACUACCUAAACCCAUCAGCUCCCUGUACCCCCCGGGUAGAUUGCAGGCUUAGACUUCCCUACAGAUUUCUUGGUUUGGUAGUGGGGAGUGGGCAUGUGCUCUAGGGGAUAUGGAAGGUCCUACAGCCCCCAAGGAAAGGCUGGAACACAGCCUGAAUAGGAGGAAACACUGUUACCCUUCCUCUCCUCCAAGCCUCCUUCAUUACGUUGAAGGACUACCUGCUGGCAGAGCUAGGGGGUGGGUGGGCAUGAAGCCCUUCCUCUCUACUGGACAGCACUGUCCCGCACCUGAGGGACCAGCCCUACUUCCACCUGGAGUUGCAGUCUCAGGCUGGGGGACCUUGGGAGAAGACCACCCCACACCCCCGGCCUCAGUCUCUUCCCCUUCCCCUGCUUGCCAACAGGUCACCUGACCCGCCUUCCCCAUCACCUCGCUCCAUAUGGUAAAGUGUGGCAGCUGGGAGCAGGCCCCUGCCCUUGGUGGGCCCCUAAAGCAAUAGCACCUUAGCCCCUGCCCUCUUGGCACAAGAGGCCCAAGCCCUGGCUUGGGCUUCGUGCCCUUUAUUCACUGUCAAUAAAUCUGCUCAGACCAUUACAGCUGCUUCA